GGGUAUCUGCAAUGCCCCUGCGAUCUUUCAGCGGGCCAUGAACAUGGCUUUUCAWAAUUUCGURAGGAAGACUCRUUUGGCGCAGAGCAUCAUCAACUACUGCGUGAUUGUGUACAUGGAUGACAUCCUGGUGUAUUCGAGUUCCUACGAGGGACACGUGCAACACAUCGAAUGGGCGCUGCAUGCGUUACGAGAUGCGGGCUUCAAAGUGGCGCUUGAGAAGUGUCAGUUUUUCCUCACCACCAUUUCCUUCUUAGGGCACGUGGUGACGGACAAGGGACUCCAGUCGGAGCCACAGAAGGUGGCAGCUGUCAGGGACGCGCCGAUGCCUACAACUAUCACGCAAGUCCGUGCCUUUCUGGGCCUAGCCUCGUACUAUCGACGAUUUAUCACGGGUUUCGCGGCGAUUGCGGGACCCCUCACAAACCUGCUGCGCAAGGAUCAACCGUUGAUCUGGACGUCGGAGUGCGAUCAAGCGUUUUCCAAAGUCAAGGCCGCCCUCACUUUGGCUCCGGUCCUUAUUAGACUGGUUCCCGAAAAGUCUUUUGUUCUCAUCACUGACUGGCAGCCAGAGGGGAUUUCGGCGAUCCUCGCCCAGGUGGGACCAAGUGGAAUCGAAAGCGUGGUAGAGUAUGCGUCCAAAUCAGUGUUCGCCUGCAAGCGCAACUACGCCGCUCCGACGGGAGAAUGCUAUGCGGCUCUCUGGGGAAUCAGCCACUUUCGUGCUUACCUGUACGGGCGAAAAUUCACCUUGGUGACUGAUCACGAGCCCCUGUUGGCUCUGAAGAAAUCGAAGGAUUACUCUGGCAUGAUCGGGCGAUGGGCAACUGUGCUGCAGAGCAUGGACUUUGACAUUCGUCAUCGGAAGCACGAAAGACACGGGAAUGCGGACGGACUGACACGACUGCACCGGCCUGAGAAGGUUCAAAAGAGUGAGGAGGUGACGUGGACGGGCACUAGCGAACAUCCCACGUGGAUCGAGAAUCCGGAGCUGCUGAUCAUACAGGCUUGGAGGACUAACGUGGAAGGAGAUCUUCUUGGCUUUCUCUUCGGAUCGGUACGGCCAGGUCGACGCCACCUUCUUGCGCAGGAGCUUAUCGCACCGAUCGUGCAAUUGGCAGACGAUCUCUCGCCCGACAUCUAUUUUCAGAGUGAUGGCAGUCCUCCUCCGUACAUUUUCGAGCGAUCAUUGGAUCCGUACCUUCAGUGGACGGCGUGCUUGGAGGAACCUAGGGACGAGGAUACCCUACCAUCGCGGCAGAAGUAUCUGAAGUCGUACGAGAUCAUCCCUCACGCCUUCUAUCCGAGGGCAGAGGAAGUGGUGAUCGAAGACGACGACGAAGAAGAAGACAACGACGAGGAAACAUCGGAGGAGGGAAGCUAUAGUGAACAUAGCGAGGGCGAGCUGAGCGAAGGAGAAGAGGAGGAAGAAGAAACCGGAUCCGAGUGGGAAGCCUACCAGGGGAAGCCACGCGUACGGGAACAGAGGCAGAAGAUCCGGAAACGGCGCGAAAGCGCGAAGAAAUUGCCACCAGGAAGCGCCAGCUGGAGUUCGCCAGCCAAGCUAGCCUGCGCAUCGGUCAUGAUCCGACCAGGGAUCCAGAGCUACUGAAGCCCGAAGAUGGCGACCCUGCAGCCGCCACCUC